AUGUUUGGAAUUGAAGGCGAAAGAGGUGGUAUUGAUAGAAUUGAAAAUGACAGCGUUGAUAGAAUUGAUGGAGAUGGUGCUAAAAAAGCGAGCACGGUAGUGAGAAGCGAGCAUAAGACGACAAUGAUGAUGGAGUUUUCAGCAUUAGAUCCUAAAAUUGGAAAACUUGAUCUUCCUGGCGUUGCCAAAUGUUUGAUUCAUUAUGCUCAACAAAAUGCCUUAGAUACACAUAAUCAGUUACAAUUACUUGCUAAUAGCACGACUGAUAACCGUACCAAAGAAUCUUACAUCUCAUGCUCAAAGUAUUACGACAAGGCUCUUUACUCUUUUGAUGAGGCCCUAAAAGAUUUAAAGGUCAAUAAUCCUGAUUAUUUAAAUAUUGAGAUUACAGCUGCUCGGCAAAAUGCAAAUGAUUGCAAAACUUUGGAUCUGAAAGAUGUCUUCAAACCUGAUCCAAAACUCAUUAUGAAGAUAGAUUUUCUUGAGAAUGUAUGUGGAAUUCUUUUAUCCAUUUCUGAUAUAUUACCAAAGUAUUAG